AGAAUGAAACACACUGAAGAUACUGAAGAACUAACAGAGUUGAAUGAAGAACUGAGUGAAGUUAAGGAGAAAAGUCAUAUUAAAACUGGAGAAAAACAUUUGAGUUGCUCUCAAACCAAACAGAAAGAUUUAAAGGAAAGAAGAGCCAAGAAACCUUUAACCUGCACUCAGUGUGGAAAGAGUUUGGCAAACAAACGUAAUCUUGAGCUUCACAUGAGAGUUCAUACUGGAGAGAAACCGUACACAUGUGAUGAGUGCGGGAAGAGCUUCACAAUAAAAUCACACCUCAAAGAUCACAUGAACAUCCACACUAGAGAGAAACUGUACACAUGUGAUCAGUGCGGCAAAGCAUUUUUGUGGGCUUCAUACCUGAAGACACACCUGAGAGUUCAUACAAAGGAGAAGCCACAUUCAUGUCAUUUGUGUGGAAAGAGUUUUUCACGUCUACAACAUUUGAAAGUACAUCAGAAAAUACAUACCGCUGUGAGAGAGUACAUGUGCUUUGAGUGUGAAAAGACUUUUACUACAGCAAGCAAUUUGAAACUGCAUGAGAUGAUUCACACUGGAGAAAAACCUUACAAGUGUUCACACUGUGACAAGAGAUUCAGUCGGUCAUCAAGUCGGAAAACACACGAGAGGAUCCACACUGGAGAGAAACCGCAUCACUGCACUGAAUGUGGGAAGUGUUUCAAUAAUUCAUCUGCUUUACACAUUGUGACACAGUAA